AUGGAAUCCACCAAGGAAGAAAUUCGUCAUAUUGUAGAUUUUUACUACCUGAGAGGUAAAAAUGCAGCGAAGGCGGUCAAACAAAUUUGUGAAGGUUAUGGGUCCAAUACUGUAACGAUUCGCACAGCACAGCGUUGGUUCGAUCGAUUUCGUUCUGGUGUAGUGGAUGUCAAAGAUACACCCCGUAUUGGUAGGCCAAUUCUUGUAGAAACUGAUGAAAUCGUCGAAAUCAUCAAAGUAGACCGCCAUGUGAGCAUUCGCUCGAUUGCCCAGGAACUGGGUAAGGACGAUAAAACCGUUUGGAACCAUUUGCAGAAAAUUGGAUUCCAAAAAAAGCUGAAUGUUUGGGUGCCACACGAGUUGACGGAAAAAAAUCUGUUGGACCGAAUCAACGCUUGCGAUGCACUGUUGAAACGGAACGAAUUCGACCCAUUUUUGAAGCGGAUAGUGACUGGUGAUGAAAAGUGGUUCACGUACGAAAACCUCAAGCGAAAAAGAUCAAUGUCAUGUAUAAUGGGUUGCUCGCUCUUCCCCUUUCAGAGGGGACUACGGUUGUCGGUUGAUUUAGCUCUGGUUGUUACAACAAACUACUCAGAGGAUAUGCAGGUCCAUGCGACGGAAACAGUGAGAGCGGUAAAAUUCUGGCUAGAGAGGCUGGCUGACCUUGGCGGACGAGAAAACGGAAGCAGUCCUAAUAGCAAACCGUAG